CUGGUUUCAACUGCAUACAAACUUGACAAACAGGUUGUGCGACCGCCUCUAAAACCGGAAACCUUUCCUAUAUAAACGCACACCUUUCUCUUCACAAGACAGAAACUACGAAAAGAGCUCAAACACUGAACAUAGGGGAAAACUCAACUCGCCUGAUUUACACGACAGCCAAUCCCCGCAGAAGAAUUACAGCCAAGCAGACGUUACUCUAAGCCGAUCAGCCCGGAAAUAAAGACACAGAGGAGAAACAAAUAAGUAACUGAUCUUCCACAAGAAAAAAACUCGCCACUAUGAUGAUGCAGCAAGAAUCCCCGUCGCAGAAGAACUCCCUGUUCAACGCCAUGAACAGAUUCAUCGGCGCCGUGAACAACAUGGACCAGACGGUCAUGUUGCCCAGCAUGCUCAUGGACGUCCCGCUGGAGCUGGAGGAGGACAGGGAGAUGACGAACUCCAUUAAAUCGGAUGAGGACGAGGGGGACAUGUACAGCUACUACGAGCUGCUCAAGUCCAUCCGCAGGGACAUCCAGGUGGGGGUGAGGCGUGCAGAGGCCGAUGAGAGGCACAAGGAGAGCAUGGUGAUCAGCCGCAAGAACUCCUCCGCGUCCAUCUCUUCCGCAUCAUCACUAUCAUCAUUUUCUUCCGAGGAGGAAGAGGAGGAAGACGAGGAUCUGCAGAAGCAGUUCCAGUUCCACCUGACCGGGCUGCAAGGGGUCCUGUCCAAGCUCACCGUGCAGGCUGACUCUCUCACCAAGCGAUACAAGAAGGAGAUCGGUAUGUGCCACUAAGCUCGGAACCACAGAAACUUAAAAAAAGAAAGAAAACAGAAUUAGUUCUAUUGGACUGGCUGAACUGACUUUUCUCAAUUGGGUCUCUUUGCUGCUGCUGUCACUACUGAUGAAAUUUAUGAACAAUCAUUUGAAUGGUAGAGAAAGAAAGACAGCUUAUUUCUCUUUCUACUCUGUGGUAUUAUUGACUGUAGAUGUGUUGAACCUGAUGAAAGCAUGUGUGUACUUAACACCAAACGAAUAUGUUUUGCACUCCAAAGUUUUGAACACAUAUUGCAUUCAGCACCUGUGAUGCAUAUAUGAAACAUAUUUAAAACCUUUUUAUUUAAUGUAAUGUAUUUUUUUAUUACCUCACUCUGUAUAGUUUGAGAGCCAAAUGUUAUUUCAAAGUUGGAGGAGAGGUGGACUGCAUGAACUACAGGACCUGUUGUCUGAACCGCCCCUCUAUGGGGGGGGGAUACUGACGAAAGAUCCAGCUUCCUGUUUGUGCUGCUGAGGAUGUCAGUGUGUUCAGAUGUAUGCGUCUCUGUAUGAUUAGUUCUCCUUCAAAUCUGAUGUGUCUGUGACUUUAAAUUAUGCCUGCAUGGAAGGAGGCAGAUGCUCACUGUAGCUGUUGCCUGUGAUCUCCUAAUGCCCUACAUGGCCAUUGAACCAGCAUCAAGUGAUAAUGCCUCUGCAUGGAGCAUAAUGAGGGUUUCCACAAGAUGUAUUGUUUUUAUUGUCAUGUAUUUGCUAUUGUUAUUAUUAUGGUAUUAUUGGACCAUGUCCAUCUGUCAAAAUAAGCAAGUGCUUUUGUAUGCACCUUCUGCACCAUUUUUGUACUUAUUUGUUUCUGAAAAUAAACUUUGAUAUGAACUUA